UCUAGAUCGUGGGAGCUAUGAGCUUUGCGUCUUUUCGGAAACCAAAGGCGAAGAACUUGAGAAAGAAGAUACAGGUGUAUGAGGACGAGGAUGGGAGUGACAAUGUCGCUCUUGACGGUAACGGCAAUGGAAGGGAGGGUAAAACGGGUGGGGAGCUAGAGGUCAAGGCCAUCGCAAAUAGCAUUAAAAAAGAGGGGAAAAGUGCUCAAAAGCCGAAAGCAAAGCCAAAAGGUGGAACAGGAGUUGCGUUGAGCUUUGGCGAAGACGACGAGGGCACAAAUGAAUCUUUUACCAUAAAGAAAACAGCAGCUAGCCGUCGAAUGACAAAAGCGAAGGUCAACCGCGAACUUGUUCCCGAGCGCACAGUGGAUGCUUUCGCAAACGGCAACUACUCAACGGAAAGUUUGCGUGCCCUGAAGGAGAGCCAGCGAACAGCCCCACCUUCUUCUGGCACGACCGAUUCCCUGUUUUCUUCCUCAAAUAUGUUGGCAGACGACCUGGCCCCCCUUUCCCUGGCAGAGAGUAUCCCAGAUGCAGCUACGAUUCACGCCGCUCGAAAAUUGCGUGAACAGAAGAGGGCUGCUGCUAUCAGUGGAGCCAAAGAAUCCUCUGUCAAUUUCAUUCCUUUAUCUAGUUCCCGAGAGGUUGGGCAGUCUUACAAACAUGAGUCGCGGCUGGUAACCGAGGAUGAAGAGAUCGAAGGAGAGGAGGCUUUUGAAGACUACGAGGGUGAUCGUAUUACAUUUGGACGUGAGGCAGUAAAGCAAGAGGAAGAACGGAGACAGAAGGAAAUGGAAGGGAACCUUAUCCAUGCACAGGAAGAAGAUGUGGAAGAUGAGGAGGUCCGUCGGUGGGAAAUGGAGCAGAUUCGGAAAGGACGUAAACCAAAGGUGCACGACGCCAAGCCAGAGCCGCAGUCGCGCCCACCAGCACCUGCACAGAUCCCCGCCUCAAUACCAAUUCCCUCAGUUAGCGCUGUGUGCUCUCGCUUAGCAUCUACCCUCAGCAAUCUGGAAGCAACCCAUGAGAAUCACAUCCGUCAGCUUGAGCAAAUCAAGCAUGAGGCACAAAAGUCGACUAUAGCAACCGCAAGUCUGGAGUCGGAUACCAAGGGUUCUUCCGAACGAUAUACCUACUUUCAGGAUCUCAAAACGUAUAUCGAGGAUCUGGCCGAUUUUCUGGAUACCAAGUUCCCAGAACUCGAAAGCCUUGAAAUGGAGUAUCAUUCCAUUAUCAAAGCCCGUAACAAACUUAUCUUCGAACAGCGGGAAAAAGUCAUGGAUGACUGGUUUGCAACUUUUGCAAUCUGGACGGCGCCACCACAAGAAACGAAUGGACAAAUGCCUUUUGGGGAAAUGGAAACCGAUGAAGUACAGCAGCCUACCAAUGAGGCGGAAUUAGCUUCCAGACUAGGCCGUGUGCGACAACGGCUGGAGCAUUUGUUUGACGAUACUGAUGACGAGUUUCGCUCACUGCCUAUUAUUAAGAAGCGAUUUGAAAUAUGGAAGCGGAAGUAUCCAAAAGACUAUGAGGAUGGUUACGGAUCAUUGAGUGUGCCAGGGAUAUUCGAGCUGUUUGUGCGAGGGGAGCUUUUGACGCAGAGUCUGCAGGAUAUACCUAUCGUCUUGGAAGCAAUGGAGUGGCACCGCACACUGAUGGACUAUGGCAUAACCUCACCGCAUGUAAUGAAUGCGGAUGAUCCAGACACGAAGCUCUUAUCACGGAUUGCGGAAAAAGCGGUCAUCCCACGCAUUAAAGCUUUGGUGGACACGUAUGAUCCAAAUUCUGAGGAGCAAACCAAUGCCUUGAUCAAUAUUAUGGGCCAAUGCCUUGAUUAUGUGCAUGUGGAAGAUCAAGCUUUCAAGGGUCUAGUUAGCGCAAUAGAAAUGCGGCUAACCCGGACUACCGAUGCUACGGUGGACCGAUAUAACUUCUUCGUUACGCGUCUACGACCAAGUCUUACUGAAGCCAUGAUUGAAUCACGAAAUCACUGGUUCUGGAUAACUUUCAAGCUGUUCAUGACGGUCCUGAAAUGGGGGCGAUAUUUACCACGAGCAACUGUCCAAUCACUGGCAAUCGACAAGCUACUUAAUCGACAGCUGAUUCCUAUCGUCAGGGUGGCCUCAAGUGGGCCUCUAGACUUGGACAAACUCGAAAAAAUUGCGGAAGGCAUACCCGCUGGUUGGAUAGCAGAGGGGACCGUAUUCCUCGCAUCGUUUGAUGCGGCGCUGAAAGAUUUUAUACAACGACAUCGACAUGGUGGUUACGAUCAAUCAUUUUGGAACCGGCUUGCGAAAGUCGCGGCAAGAAUCCAAAACCACGAACUUGCUGCUCAAAUAUCCCAUCAAAUAUGAUCUACCGCAUUGCAAAAUAAAGAAAGGCAUAUUGCCUAUCCUUUUCCGCACCGUAGUAAUUUAUUCCAAAUCUUGAAAUUACAUCCGUCCCCCACGAAGCGCUAAUACCAAAUG